UCACAUCUUACAGGCCAUCAUGACAAUGGUCCCCGAGGCCUGGCAGAACGACAAUCUCAUGAACAAGGAGAAGCGAGACUUUUACCGUUGGGCUGCUUGUGCUAUGGAACCCUGGGAUGGCCCCGCUCUUAUGACAUUCACCGACGGUCGCUAUAUUGGAGCCAUUCUUGAUAGGAACGGUCUGCGUCCUUCACGCUAUUACGUCACCAAAGACCGAGUGCUGGUGAUGGCGUCAGAAGUGGGCGUUUAUGACACAGAGCCUGAGAAUAUUCUCCAGAAGGGCCGCCUAAAACCUGGCCGCAUGCUGUUAGUGGACACCCUAGAAAAGGUGGUGUCUCGUGAUGAGGAACUAAAACUGCAGAUUGCAAGGUCAAGACCUCACUCAGAGUGGAUCGAAGAACAGAUGUUCACACUUUCUGAUAUGUAUGCUGCCCAUGAAGGUGAGCUGACUCCGGAAGCCCCACUCUCAGUUAGUCAUGUCAAUGGAACAGUGAAUGGUGACGAUAGUGCAGCCAUGAUGCGCACUUUUGGAGGCGAUCGGCGUUUGAGCAUGUUUGGCUAUACUAUUGAGACCCUCAACAUGCUUCUGUUGCCUAUGGUGACCACUCAGAAGGAAGCCUUAGGCUCAAUGGGAAAUGAUGCACCCCUUGCCUGCCUCUCUGAUUUCCAGCCUCUGCUCUAUGACUAUUUUAAGCAGUUGUUUGCACAGGUUACCAAUCCUCCUAUCGAUCCAUUCCGUGAGAGAAUUGUUAUGUCUCUGGCCUGCCCCAUUGGACCAGAAGCAAACAUCCUGGAACCAAGUGCAAAGCAGUGUCAUCGAAUCUUCCUGAAAAAUCCGAUCCUUUCUCUCCAAGAUCUAGAGGUGAUCAAGGCAACAAACUACCGUGGAUGGCGCACUCACGUGAUAGACAUAACGUAUCCCAUCUCUGAGGGAUCUGAGGGCCUCAUCCCGGCUCUUGAUCGCAUUGCAAGUGAGGCUUGCCAGGCGGCCAAGGAUGGGUAUCAGCUGCUGGUUCUGUCUGACAGAAAAGCUGGUCCUGAUAGACUCCCCCUAAGCACCCUAAUGGCACUAGGCUGCACUCACCAUCAUCUUAUUGAGGAAAGGCAGCGCAUGAAAGUGGGACUUAUUCUCGAGACUGGAGAAGCCAGGGAAGUCCACCAUAUGUGUGUCUUACUGGGAUAUGGAGCAGAUGCCAUUUGUCCAUAUUUGGUCUUUGAGACAAUGAGCACUUUGCGUUCUGAGGGAGUUAUCAACUCGUCCAUGUCGGAGGCUGAUAUUUUCAAGAACUACUGUGCAGCAAUGGAGCGUGGUCUGUCAAAGGUGAUGGCCAAAAUGGGCAUCUCAACUCUGCAGUCAUACAAGGGAGCACAGAUUUUUGAGGCUGUUGGCAUUUCAGAAGAAGUCAUCAACAAAUGUUUCAAGGGCACGGCUUCCCGCAUUGGUGGAGUGACAUUUGAGACUAUUAGCAUAGAGAUGCUUGACCGCCACAUGCUCUCCUAUGGGGAACGUGAAUGUGACACGUUAGUGCUCAGAAACCCAGGAUUCUAUCACUGGAGAAGUGGAGGAGAGAAGCAUAUCAAUGACCCUGUUUCCAUUGCUAAUUUGCAGGAUGCCUCAAGGAUGAACAACAAAUCUCAAUACGACAAGUUCAAAGAAUCAUCUCAGGAGAGUACUAAGGCCUGUGCUCUGCGUGGACAGCUGGAACUGGUCAAGCUGGAGAAGCCCAUUGAUAUCUCAGAAGUUGAGCCAGCUGCAGAGAUUGUAAAGAGGUUUGCCACAGGUGCCAUGAGCUUUGGUUCCAUCUCCAUUGAGGCCCACACCACCCUGGCUAUUGCUAUGAAUCGUGUGGGAGCAAAGUCAAACACAGGAGAAGGAGGAGAAAAUGCUAGUCGUUACAUCAACCAGGAGCCAGAAAACAACAAAAGGUCAGCCAUCAAGCAGGUUGCAUCUGGUCGCUUUGGUGUCACAGCCUCUUACUUGGCCAAUGCUGAUGACCUGCAGAUCAAGAUGGCCCAGGGAGCUAAGCCAGGAGAGGGUGGUGAACUGCCAGGAUACAAAGUAUCUGAAGAUAUUGCCAAGACACGUCACUCUGUCCCUGGAGUAGGCUUGAUCUCUCCACCUCCCCACCACGAUAUCUACAGUAUUGAAGAUUUGGCUGAACUUAUUUAUGACUUAAAGUGUGCAAAUCCUAGAGCACGAAUCUCUGUGAAACUUGUGUCAGAAGUUGGUGUUGGUGUUGUUGCAUCUGGCGUUGCUAAGGGUAAAGCCGAGCAUAUCACAAUUUCUGGUCAUGAUGGUGGAACAGGAGCCAGCAGCUGGACUGGAAUCAAGAGUGCUGGACUCCCAUGGGAGCUUGGAAUUUCAGAAACACACCAGACGCUGGUGCUUAACAAUUUGAGGUCUCGAGUCGUUUUACAGGCUGAUGGCCAGAUCCGUUGUGGUAUGGAUGUGGUGAUUGCAGCACUUCUUGGAGCUGAUGAGUUUGGCUUCAGUACUGCCCCUCUCAUUGUCAUGGGCUGCACCAUGAUGCGCAAAUGUCAUCUGAACACUUGUCCUGUCGGCAUUGCCACUCAGGACCCUGUACUGAGGAAGAAGUUUGAAGGAAAACCAGAACAUGUUGUCAACUACUUGUUCUUGUUGGCAGAAGAGGUUCGUGAACACAUGGCAUCCAUGGGAGUACGCAAAUUCCAAGAACUGGUUGGGCGUACAGACUUGCUGCGUAAACGGGAUUCCUGCUCUGACAAAGCCAAGCUUCUUGAUUUCUCACAUGUGUUGAAGAAUGCUCUUCAUAUGAGACCAGGAGUCAACAUUGUUGGAGGGUCUAUUGGUCAGGACUUUGGUCUGGAUAAUCAUCUUGACCAGACUAUUCUUGCUGAAGCCCAAGCUGUCAUUGAUGGGUCGCUGGAAACUGUGACCAUAAACACCACCAUUCAUAAUGAAGUUCGAGCUUUUGGUUCCACUCUAUCUUAUCAUAUUGCACUGAACAACAGCAUUGUGAGCAACCGGCAAGGAUCAGCUGGUCAGAGCUUCUGUGCCUUCCUGGCCCGAGGUGUGACUGUCACUCUAGAGGGAGACUCAAAUGACUAUGUGGCAAAGGGUCUGUCAGGAGGAGAAGUGGUAAUUUAUCCUCAGAAGAAUUUACCAGAAAACUACAAGUCGGAGGAUAACAUCAUUGUUGGUAAUGUCUGUCUUUAUGGAGCAACAGAAGGUUCUGCCUUCUUCAGGGGAGUUGCUGCUGAGCGAUUCUGCGUCCGCAAUUCUGGUGCAACAGCUGUUGUUGAGGGGGUAGGCGACCAUGGUUGUGAAUACAUGACUGGUGGCCGUGUGUUGAUUCUUGGACCUACUGGGCGUAACUUUGCUGCUGGAAUGUCUGGUGGCAUUGCUUAUGUCUUGGAUAAGGAUGGCGACUUUAAGAACAAGUGCAACCCUCAGAUGGUAGAGCUUCUUCCUCUGGAAAAGGAGGAUGACCUGGAGUUUGUUGAGAACUUGUCUGGAGGGCAUUCCGAUCGACAAUGUGACGAGUACUGGCCAGCUCAAGCCAGUCAAUUUACUAAGGUGUUCCCCUAUGAGUAUCAGCGUGCUCUAAAGCAACUAGCUGAGGCUGAAGCUGCAGCUCAACCAGCACCAGAGAAGCCACACGUUGAAACCAAGCCAGAGCCAUCAGUGCGCGACAUUGAAGAUUCAGUUACUGACGCCACAAUGGAGAAGAAGAGGCUGGAGAAGAUCUUGGACAAAACUAGGGGCUUUAUUAAGUACAAGCGUGAGACAGCCAUGUACAGAUCUGCUGAAAAGAGGGUGAAGGAUUGGGAUCAAGAACAAAAAAAGGGAGGGAGAAAAAAAAUCUACAAUAUGGACAGUGUGCGUCGAGGUCUCCGCGUUCAGGCUGCAAGGUGCAUGGAAUGUGGAGUUCCCUUCUGUCAGUCAUCCCAUGGCUGUCCUCUGGGCAACAUUAUCCCCAAGUGGAAUGACUUGAUCUUCAAUAAUAACUGGAAAGAAGCACUGAAUCAACUUUUGCAAACAAACAACUUCCCAGAAUUCACUGGUCGAGUCUGCCCAGCCCCAUGUGAAGGUGCUUGUGUGUUGGGCAUAAAUGAAAUGCCAGUGACCAUCAAAAACAUUGAGUGCUCCAUAAUUGACCAUGCCUUCGAGCAAGGGUGGAUCAAGCCAGAGCCACCAGUGACUAGGAGUGGAAAGAAGGUGGCUGUAGUAGGCUCAGGACCUGCUGGUAUGGCUGCUGCUCAUCAGCUUAAUAAGGCUGGACACCUGGUCACAGUGUUUGAGCGCAAUGACAGGAUUGGUGGAUUACUGCAGUAUGGUAUCCCUACCAUGAAACUCAGCAAGGAAGUUGUCCAGAGAAGGGUGGAUCUGAUGAGAGAGGAAGGCAUCACCUUCAAAACCAAUGUCAAUGUUGGGAAAGACAUUUCUGCUAAGGACCUCCAGGAAGAGUUUGAUGCUGUGCUUCUGUGCCUUGGAGCCACUUGGCCCCGAGACCUUCCUAUCCCCAACCGGCAGCUGGAGGGCAUCCACUUUGCCAUGGCUUUCCUGGAGACUUGGCAGAAGAAGCAGAUGGGCAACAAGAUCGACCAUACAUCCCUAACAGCCAAGGACAAGGACGUCAUUGUUAUUGGUGGAGGUGACACUGGUUGUGACUGCAUUGGUACUUCACUGAGGCAGGGUGCCAAGUCAAUCACCACAUUUGAGAUUCUGCCACAACCUCCUCCAUCUCGCGGCCGUGACAACCCAUGGCCCACGUACCCUCGCGUAUUCAAGGUUGACUAUGGCCAUGAAGAAGUUAAAUUGAAGUUUGGCCGUGACCCAAGAGAAUAUAAUACACUCACAAAGGAGUUCUUGGAUGAUGGCAAUGGCAAAGUGUCUGGAGUUCGUUCUGUUAAAGUGGAGUGGACCAAGGAUGAGAGUGGUCGCUGGAAGAUGCAAGAAGUUGAAGGAUCUGAAAAGAUAUACAAAGCUGAUUUGGUUCUACUGGCAAUGGGUUUCCUUGGACCAGAGAGGUACAUCAUCAAUGAACUUGAGUUGGAGCAGGACCCACGUUCCAACAUCUGUACACCACCUGGCAAAUAUGCUACAACUGUGGACAAGGUCUUUGCUGCUGGAGAUUGUCGUCGUGGUCAGUCUUUAGUUGUGUGGGCUAUCAAUGAGGGUCGUCAAGCUGCCCGUGAAGUAGAUGCCUACCUCGUGGGAACUUCAACCCUCCCAGUGUCUGGUGGUGUAGUCCAGAUUACACAAAAGGGUUAAGGGGAAUUUCAGAGUGUGUAAAACUGAUGUCAUAGCAGGCUGUAUGCCAUAAAUAAGAAAGAAAAAAAAAUCUUAUGAAGUAUAUGUGGUCCAAAUAUUUUAUUAAAUUAAGAUUUCAGUGAUCCAUCUCAUGAUUUCUGUGGUUCAUGGAAGUUCCCAGCCUAGAUUCACUGCCCUGGAUCAUAUCAUAUAUGGUACGAAUCCUAGGUAAUGGAAACCAGUUAUAAACACUUAAGCUUCUAUUAUCGUUGUAUAUAGUAAUUUUACUUUUUGUGCAAUACUUCAGAGAUUCAGUAGGUCCAUUAUUGUGUAAAUUAAAAUGAGAUUUUAUUUAGGCUAUGGUACUGAUGACGGCAAUUGUAUGUGGAAGCACAUGGCGCUAAGUCUGUAGCUUUGACGGUUUCAUAUGCUUAUACACAUAUAGGUAAUGAGUACAUUGCAUUUACAGUGCAGUGUGUGUCGUGUGAUAUUAUGCAUAGUAAUGAAAAUUAAAGGAACUGUAAUUAUUUGAAGUAGAUACUAUUUGAUUAAAUGUUUGAUUCUUUCUAAUUUUACAGAAAGAUUUAAUAUGCACAAAUCUAUUAUCAUACAAUUUUGAAAUAUUAAAUAAUACAGUACUAUUUUUAGGAAAAGUUGCAUAUAAUACUUUUAGACAUCCCUAAUGGAAUGUUUUCAAGCAAAGAGAAGGACAAAUAAUUACAAAAAGAAUUUCUGUUGAUGGUCACACAACUGUUGAUAGAUAACAUUCCACAUGUUUCAUAAUUCUUACAUAAAUAGUUAAGUUAAUGACAUACUCAUCCUCAAUUGCUAACGAUGGUGAAGAUUGUUUGAGUAGUUCUUUUUCCUUAGAGAAGUAGCUGAGUACAGAGAAAUAGAUUGAGUUGCAACGGGUAGAAGGGAUACUGUUACUGACUUACAACUGAGUCUCCUGAUUGAGUAGGCUUGUUGAGUCUUGUCAUUUAUUGAAUGAGUAGAUCCAGGCUGCCACAUCCAGGGAGUCUGUGUGUAAUGACAAGCAGCUAGUCUUAAAUCAUUUGUCAUGCUAUUUGAUGAAUCUGGUGUGCUGAACAAAUGUUAUAUUUUUUCUUUGUUAAUCUUUGUGUUAAAUGUAACUGAAGUGAGAAUGUAGACUUCUGUGGUGGGAUGCCUUUAGAUAUUGUGUCUUAAGGAUAGAAGAUUAAUAGUUUAUUGGCUGAUUAAUGUAUGUCAUUUUCCUUCCCGCUUAGUAUUUCAGUUCUUGAAUCUGAAGUUAUAUUUGGAAAAUAAACGUCCUUACUUUAUUAAGUAAUUUAAGUAUAAAGCAUCUAUCACGUCCCAUUAGAUAUUUUAUCAGGGCUAUACUUCCUGCCUAGUAUUAUAUAAAGUAAAGAAAAUAAGACUUUGCCACUAAUUUUUGCAUUAUUUUUAAUUGGAAAGCAAACAUAUGAUGGUUUCUGAGAUUAUACUUUAAGUAUGGUAAUUAUACUUGUGGGUUUUAUUUAAAAAAGAAAGAAAGAAAAGAAAAUACAUAUAAAUAUUUGUAUUAGGUUAACACUGAUUUGUUUGGGAAAAUUAAUUUCAAGGUAUUUCCAUCUCAAACAUGUUAAUUUUACUCCUGUGUUUAGGGAGCUAGAUAUAGCUCCGCCAACUGCAUGUGAUAGUUUUGCCUGGUCAGUGAGAAACUUGGUCUUCCAUAGAUAAAUGGUAGAUAAGAAUACAGUAGACAGUGUUUUUGUACGUGUGAGUAAAAACAUUGAGCUAGCAAGGUGUGUUUGUAAACUCGGCAUAGCUUCUUGAUCAUUGAUACAGGGUCAAGGAGCAUGUUUAUUGGAGUUUACAAGCUCUAUCCCCGAACAAGCUCUUUCUUUUUUACUGUACACAUACUGACAGUUUCUUGAUGUCCUUAGGUGUCAUCUAGAUUGUUAACUGUAUCUUGGAUGUUGUAAUGUGAUGUUCAGCUAACAGCAGAGCUGUAUAAGUUGACAGAAACAUUUCCUGUUCUAUUGUUUUGUGUUUUGUUAUGCCAGAAAAUCAUCUUAUAGUUUUUGAAAUAAGUUUUGGGAAAAAAAAAAACAAUACCAAUCAUGGUAAUAGACAUUGUGUAUUUGGAAGCUAAAAUGUGUUGUCUCCCAAAACCAGCUUAGAUACAAAAACAAACUAAAUUUGUUUUAUGGGUAACUUUACCAUUUUAGAUCUGAUGUCUCAACAAGCAUAGUUGUAUUACUUCUAUAGCACUGUGCUUGGAAUUGUGAACUUUUAGUAGUAUAACCAACAGUAUGGAAAUGUACUUAGCUGUCCCAGUUCUUGAAAUUUAGUGUUGUAUGAAAUCAGUGUUAAAUAAAGACAUGUAUACAGCAGUGCAA